CUUGCACAUGACUUCAAGAAUUAAAUGUCACUAUACAAGAAAUAUUUGUCUAUCAAGAAUGAAUCAAGUUCAUCUUAAUUAUUCUUUACUUUCUUGAAAUAAUUGAAUAUUCUUUGACAUUACUUUGUCCUCCAGCCAACUAACCUUAACAUAUAACCAUGUCACCUGAAUUUGGUCAUGCUCUUCAACCUCAAGCAACAUUAAUCUCAACCAUGUAUCCUGCGAAAAUGGAUAACACGCACGAGUUGCCUGUUUAUGUAGAUCAAGACCACCCUGUAAGGAGGCCUGUUUAUGUAGAUCAAGACCACCCUGUAAGGAGGCACCACUCGGCUCGAUACUACGCUCACCAUAUUAAAGAGAGUCUAACUACUAGAGUAUCCAAAUUAGUUUGUACAAUUUUCCUAACCCUUCUUUCUAUUCUUGGAAUCAUCGCGUUUAUUUUAUGGCUAGGUUUGCGCCCUCAUCGUCCAAGAAUUUUCCUACAUGACUUCUCAAUUCCAGCUAUAAGUCAGGGAAUUGGACCUGAAAGUGCCCAAAUCAACUUUAAUGUGACAGCACGAAAUUCAAAUCAAGUUAUUGGGAUCUUUUAUGAUGCAAUGCAGAUGACAGCAACUUAUCAAGAACAGAGUAUUGGGAAUUCCCAAUUGUUGACUCCAUUUUAUCAGCUACCUAAAAACACUACUGUUCUUGCGGGUACAUUUUCUGGACCCAUGGUCACGGUGACCGGAACACAGUGGCAGCAAAUGCUUGAUGACCGGUCUCGAGGAACGGUGGUUUUCAGGGUAGAAUUAACAGCGAGGAUUCGAUUUAAGAUAUGGUCGUGGAAAAGUAAACAUCAUAGGAUGCAUGCUAAUUGUCCUGUUGGAGUAGGACAAGAUGGUAUGAUCUUGGCUGGUUACAUAGAUAAGAGAUGUCCAGAAUAUUUCAAUUAGGACAUUUCAAUUCAUGUUUUCAUCUCAUUGAAUUUUCGUUUUUGGUUUGUAUUGGGCUGUAUAAAAACAGUCAAUUCUUUCCAUUCCACAAUUGCUCUAAAAGGCAAGGGCACCUCUGUUUUUUUCUUCCUCCUUUAAUGCACGUCUCUCGUGUUGCCAAUUAAAGGGAAUGCCUUCUUUAGCAUGUUUUUUUUCA